CUGUAUAACAACCAACAAGAUAUUGCACUUCGAAGUUCAAGCCCGCUAUCCCAUCUUCAAAGUUUGAAAAAAAUAUGGGAUUUUCAAGUUGUUUGAUGGUUUCAUUUGUGUAUCUUUUCCUGGCGGUUUAUGUGGUUAAUGGACAGCCUCUGGUUCCCGCAAUGUUCAUAUUUGGGGAUUCUGUUGUUGAUGCAGGAAACAACAACCACAUUAAAACUAUUGUAAAAGCAAACUUUCCUCCUUAUGGAAGAGACUAUCUCAAUCACACUGCAACUGGCAGGUUCUGCAAUGGCAAACUAGCUGCAGACUUCACAGCUGAGAAUUUAGGCUUCACUUCAUAUCCACCAGCCUAUCUUAGUUAUGAAGCCAGAGGAAACAACCUUUUGAUCGGCGCCAAUUUUGCUUCCGGUGCUUCCGGUUACUACGAAGCUACGGCAAAGAUAUAUCAUACCAUCCCGUUGAGUCAGCAGCUGGAGUUCUUCAAGGAGUAUAAGGAAAAGUUAGUGGAGAUUGUAGGACAAUCCAAUGCUUCAUCAAUCAUAAAUGGAUCGGUUUACCUUGUCAAUUCCGGGAGCAGUGACUUCGUUCAGAACUACUACAUCAAUCCUCUUCUUUACAAGGUCUACACACCAGAUGAAUUCUCGGACAUUCUUAUCAAAUCCUAUGCAACUUUCAUUGAGGAACUGUAUGAGCUAGGAGCAAGGAGGAUCGGAGUGACAACAUUGCCACCACUAGGAUGCCUGCCGGCUACCAUAACAAUUUUCGGCUCUGAUAUAAACGAGUGCGUCGAAGAGAUAAAUGAAGAUGCAGUUUCAUUCAACUACAAGCUAAACGACACUUCUAUAAUCGUGCAAAAUAAGACUUCUGGACUCAAUCUGGUAGUCCUGGACAUCUACCAGCCUCUCUAUGAUCUUGUCACCAAGCCUUCUGAUAAUG